AUGAAUGCUACUAUUAAAGCCCAUAGAGAUAAACUUAAAGAAGACACAACCAUGCACCAAGGUCUUAUGGUUUAUUACCAUUUAAAAGCUAACCAAAUUGCCCACCCCCAGCUUUCUAUCUCUGAUUCUGAGGAGGAAGGGUCAGAUUCUGAUUUUUCUAUGGGUGAUGAAUUUGAAAGUGAUUCAAAAAGUGAGACAGAGGAGAGUCUGGAAGACUCUGAAGUUGAACUUGGUAAGAAAAGAAAAAAGAGAAAGGAUCCUAACAUCAACCAAAAAGUGGAGGAGGAGAUUACGGGGGAAGGUUUCAACCAGAGUGUUGGUGGAAAUGCCAAACAUAUUACUGGUGGAGAUGUUCCCAAUACUAAACAGACCAAGGCUGGUAAAUUCAUGGCUGAAUAUGUUGAUGAUUUGGGUAAAACUGUUACCAGAGUUGAAGAGAUUAGGGACGCCUUAAACCCAAGGUUUAAGCAAGUGGAGAAGGUCCUGGAAGAGAUAAAAACCAAUGACAAUGCUAUGGACCAGAGAAUGGCGGACACUAACAACAAACUCAACAAAAUUGAAACCUACCUCAGAAGCAUUACUGAACAAAGCCAUAACAUUCUGAAGGCCUUGACUGACAACACCAAAGUUCUUAUCAGCAAGAUGGAGAACGAGAAGGAAUCCCUGGAGCUAGAACCUGACAUGGAAGGCAUGGGAGAUGUGCAAGGACCAAGAAUGAGGACCAGAGAUAAGGACACAAAUGGUAAGAUAGAUGUGGCUAGUGAGCCACUGGUAAUUGAUAACACAGAAGGUAAACUGGCAGUUGGUAACAUUGAGCAACAAGCAGAACAACAGGCUGAGCAACAGGUUCACAUAGAGACCUUUUUAAUUGAUGCACUAAGGAAGUUUGGCUUCUCCAAUGAAUGGAUAACAUGGGUUAAUAGUUUCCUAUCAUCUGUAAAAUUCUCGGUUCUGGUUAAUGGUUCCUCUCAUGGCUUCUUCCCCACCUCUAAAGGGAUCCGACAAGGCGAUCCAAUGUCUCCUUUUCUAUUCAUAAUCAUGGCUGAAGCCUUAGGCAGAACAAUCAGAAAUCUUCAUCUAAAUGGAAGCUGGCAAGGGGUUAAUGUGGCAAAUGGGGUGGAGCACACAACUCACCUACAAUUCAUUGAUGACACCAUCCUGUUUGGGGCUGCUUGUAGAAAAGAGGCAAAGACUAUCAAAACUAGUCUGGAAGAUUAUUGCAAAGUGUCUGGGCAAAAAAUCAAUUGGCACAAAUCAGAAGUGUACUUCAAUAAUACCCCGUUAGCGCUGCAAGGUAACCCGGGCCAGAGUGGUAUUGGUUGCAUUAUGAGGAGCUCAGAUGGCAGGAGCCUCAGGGAAGUCUCAGAAAGAAUUGGGAUUGCUACCAACAAUGAGGCAGAGUUUAGAGCUACACUUAGAGGACUUCAACUAGGGAUUGAAAUGGGAAUACAACACAUCCAUCUAGAAGGGGACUCUCUGAAUGUGGUAAAUGCAAUCAGACAUUGUAGCACUCCCAGCUGGCAGCUAAACCAAUGGCUACAGCCUAUUCUGAAACUAUUAAUGAAAUUUGAGGAAUUUCGGAUUUCUCAUAUAUAUCGGGAGGGGAAUGAAGAGGCUGAUAGACUCUCGAAGCCAGAAACUGAUGUAUUAGACAACAUUGAUGGGAAUCACCAUACACCGCUGCCACAGAACUACUAUAUGUCACAUGGUAAUGGAGCAGAGGCAGAGGGCAUUGCCCUUGAGCCAAACAUGGGCAUCAUCGCAGAUGGAGCAUUGGCGGAGGAUACAAAUUGGGGUUUUGGCUAG